AAAUCAUCUACAACAGUUCCAAAUCAUAUGGCAAGAAAUGAAGAAAAUGAUCAUAAACUUCACAUUGCCAUGUUUCCAUGGCUAGCCUUCGGUCACAUGAUCCCAUUCUUAGAACUCUCCAUAGUAAUUGCUCAAAAAGGUCACAAAAUUUCCUUCAUAUCCACCCCCAAAAACAUCGAUCGCCUACCAAAAAUCCCUCAAAACUUGGCCCAUCUUAUAAAUUUCAUCAAACUCCCAUUACCCUACGUACAAAACCUACCUCUCCAUGCAGAAUCAACCACAGAUCUACCAUUGGAAGACACGUGGCACCUUACAAAAGCUUAUGAUCUUCUUCAAGAACCCUUUUCUCAGUUUCUUCAAUCUAAUAUUGAUAAUAAUUCACUUCCAAAUUGGAUUCUUUUCGAUUUUGUUUCGUUUUGGGUACCGGAUUUAUGCCGUAAACUCAAUGUCCGUACUGUUUUCUUUAGUAUUUUUACUGCUUCAUCUCUUUGCUAUUGCUGUCCGCCGUCUGGAGAUGAAGAUUAUCGCAGUGUUAUUGAAGAUUAUACGGUGAAACCGGUCUGGAUUCCGUUUCAGUCAGCAAUAUCAUUUAAUUUUUUUGAAGCGGUUAGGGUUUUCUCGUCGAUAACCGGAAACGAGUCGAAUCUUUCGGUUUUUUAUCGUCUACGUGAAGCGAUUAAACGUUGUGACCUAAUAGCUGUAAGAAGCUGUACUGAGUUUGAAUCUGAAUGGUUACAACUUAUGAAGAAUCUGCAUAAGAAACCAGUAAUUCCGGUUGGUUUAUUACCGAGAAAAGCUGAUGAAGCUGAGUCAGAUUCAUGGAGAUCAAUCAAGAAUUGGUUAGACAAUCAAAGAAAAGGAUCGGUUGUUUAUGUAGCAUUCGGUAGCGAGGCAAAACCGAGUCAAGUAGAAUUAACCGAGUUAGCUUUAGGGUUAGAGCUUUCGAGGUUACCGUUUCUUUGGGUGCUAAGAAAGCGUCGAGGAUUAGCUGAUACAGAAGCUGUUGAGUUACCAGACAAUGGAUUCGAGGAGCGAGUGAAAGGACUCGGUAUGGUGUGCACGAGUUGGGCACCUCAAGUGAGAAUCUUAGCUCAUGACUCGGUUGGUGGGUUCUUGACUCAUUCAGGAAUGGGUUCAGUGGUGGAGGGACUUCAAUUUGGAAGAGCAUUGAUAGUUUUGACAUAUUUUUCGGAUCAAGGGUUGAAUGCUAGGGUUUUAGAGGAGAAAAAGAUUGCGCAUUUGAUACCAAGAAAUGAAGAAGAUGGAUCGUUUACGAGUCAAGCAGUAGCUGACUCGUUGAGGUUGGUGGUUGAAGAAGAAGAGGGAAAGGUGUAUAGAGAUAACUGCAUGGAAAUGAAAGAGUUGUUUGGAGACAGGAAUAGACAGAAUCAAUAUGUGGAUAAAUUCGUAGAUUGUCUUCGAAAUCCAAACUGAACGCGUCAAGAAUAAGAUGUCGCGAAUAGAAAAAAU